AUGGGCCUGUGGAAGGGCGCUGGUGACGCGCCCCGAGGCUCCCUGUACCGAGUAGGCUGGGCCCCGCACGGUGAGCCGCACGUGGAGGUGGUGGCGCUGCGGGCCGCGAGGGGCGGCGAUGAGCGGGUCGCCGGGGAGGUGGAGGCGGAUGUGGAGGCUGGGGAGCCGGCAGUGGUGGAGGAGUUGACGGCGCGUGUGGGUCCUGCAUUCCCUGGCCUAUCGCUCAAGCUCGUGGAUAAGUCCUUCGCCAUAUUGAAGGACGAGCCCUGGAAGAGGGACGUCCGCAGGGGCGCCGCAGCGGCCGGGGGAACGGGAAAUGCAGCAGGUGGUGGAGACGGUGCUGGUGGUUCUGGUUCUGGAGCUGGUCCUGGAGGCGGCGGUGGUGGGCCCAGCCGCCCGUCUGCUGCCGCCCUGGCAGCUGCAGCGGUUGCCACCGGCGGAUGCGGUGACGGAGAGCUGCUGGGUGCGAGUCCCCCCCGUUCGUUCGGCUACGAGGUGCUCCGCUUCAUGGCAGCCCACAUCGCCGGGAGCAGGUCCAGCAGCCGUAAAAGCCGCAGCCGCGGCGGCGGCGGCGGCGCCGGAUCUGCGGGGCCUUACGGGGGUGGCGGCGGCUGCAGCGGUGGUGCUGCCCGUCAGGCGACUAUUCUGAAGCACCUGGUGCGCCUGCAGGUGCCUGCACCGUCGCGGCAGCGGCCCGUCUCGGGCCUUUGGACAGGCGUGUACGGCCCGCACGGCAUGGAGAUCAUCUCCGUGGGGUACGACGGCCGCGGCGGCGAGGCCAGGAUUGUGGCCACCAAAAUCACGGGUGAUCCCAAUGUACCCGCCGGGGAGAUCACCUUCCGCGCGCAUCCCGAGCCUCUGCCGCAGCCCUGGCCACUAUCUGAGGUGGAGCUUAUUACCAACCGGCCGCUGUUCAGCGCCAACCGAGCCGCAGCACUGGCGGCGGCGGUGGCCGCGGCCGCGGCCGACGCGGUUGCGGAACAAGAGCAGCGGCUGCAGCGGCCGGUGCAAGGCGUGCUGGCGUUGCCGGUGUGGGCAAUGCCUGGCGUGGCGGCGGCGGUGCAGGCGGUAGUGCCGGAGGCCGGAGGCGUGCAGGAUGUAAACGCGCCAAUCGAGGAUCAGCUUGCUGCGGUGGCGGCAGAGGCAGCGGCUGCCGACCCCGUCGACCCAUGGGAUUACCUUGGGCCGCAGGGACUGUCGGAGCACAUGGCGGUGGCGGCGACGGCGUUGGGGUUGCCGCUGCUGCCCUGUCCAUCAUGGCGUGACAAGAAGCAGGCCUCGCGUGUCGUAGCCGUGUAUCGGGGAGAAGGCCGGGUGGCGGGAACCAACUUUAGAAACCCGGCAUGGAUCGACGGGCGGCUCUGGGUGUACGACAACGGAACCAUAGGGUUUCUCUGGCGCGGCGAUUUUAAUUUCCUGGUGGAUUUGGAUCGUAUGAGCGUGCAGCUGAUGGAGCGGACGAAUGGACCGGUGGGAUCGGCGACUGCGGGCGCCUUGUGAUCAUCCUGCCUGUCUUUUGAUGUCCAUACUAAUCGACGCGGCGCUGCAGGGGCCAUUGUAUGAUUGGCAGCAAGUAAUUGUAGAGAGCAAAGCCAGCACGAUUAGGCACAUGUGCGUCUCUGAUGGGAUCUGGACACGGGUUACACCGGCCCACUGUCACACUUGGGGUUUCGGGCCCGUUAACUAACAUAAUGUUUAUUCGUCCUCGCACUUC